CUAGUGCAGGCUGCGGGGCUGCGUGCUCCCGAGCGCCGCUGUCCGGGGGGUGGGCGUGUUUGCGGCCUGCGUCGGGAGGGGACAGGCGAGGCUCCCCGGGCUUCCCGGCCAUGGAGAAUCAGGUGCUGACCCCGCACGUCUACUGGGCUCAGCGACACCGCGAGCUGUAUCUGCGCGUGGAGCUGAGUGACGUGCAGAAUCCAGCCAUCAGCAUCACUGAAAACGUGCUGCAUUUCAAAGCUCAGGGACAUGGCGCCAAAGGGGACAACGUCUAUGAAUUUCACCUGGAGUUCUUAGACCUUGUGAAGCCAGAGCCGGUUUAUAGACUGACCCAGAGGCAGGUGAACAUCACGGUACAGAAGAAGGUGAGUCAGUGGUGGGAGAGGCUCACCAAGCAGGAGAAGCGUCCACUGUUUCUGGCUCCUGACUUCGAUCGCUGGCUGGAUGAAUCUGAUGCAGAAAUGGAGCUUAGAGCCAAGGAGGAAGAACGUCUCAAUAAACUCUGUCUAGAAAGCGAAGGCUCCCCUGAAACUCUCACCAGCCUGAAGAAAGGAUACCUGUUCAUGUACAACCUUGUGCAGUUUCUGGGCUUCUCCUGGAUCUUUGUGAACCUGACGGUGCGCUUCCUUAUCUUGGGGAAAGAGUCCUUUCAUGACACGUUCCACACCGUGGCUGACAUGAUGUAUUUCUGCCAGAUGCUGGCAGUUGUGGAAACCAUCAAUGCGGCAAUUGGAGUCAUUAGCUCACCAGUGGUGCCUUCUCUCCUCCAGCUUCUUGGAAGAAAUUUUAUCUUGUUUAUAAUCUUUGGCACCAUGGAAGAAAUGCAGACCAAAGCUGUGGUUUUCUUUGUGUUUUAUAUAUGGAGCCUAAUUGAAAUUUUCAGGUACCCGUUCUACAUGCUCUCCUGCAUUGACAUGGACUGGAAGGUGCUCACGUGGCUUCGGUACACUGUGUGGAUUCCUUUAUACCCUCUGGGAUGUUUGGCAGAAGCUGUGUCAGUGAUCCAGUCCAUUCCAAUAUACAACGAGACAGGAAGAUUCAGUUUUACAUUGCCAUACCCAGUGAAAAUGAAAGUUAGAUUUUCCUUUUUCCUUCAGAUUUAUCUUAUAAUGUUAUUUCUAGGGUUAUAUAUAAAUUUCCGCCACCUUUAUAAGCAGCGCAGGCGGCGCUAUGGACAAAAAAAGAAAAAGAUGCACUGAAGAGAUAUGUAGCUAGUUUCUUGUCAGUUUGAACCUAAUCUAUAUUCUUACCAUUUUAUCUUCUUGUAUUGAUGGAAAAGGGUUUUUGCUUUGUUUUUAAGUGACGCUAUCUUCUUUUCCCCAGUAACAUUCCUGAAUUUCCUUUUAUUAUCUUAGUGUAGUGCCUGCAUGACGUGGAUUCCAAUACCUGAUACCUUUCUGUGGCUCAUUCUUGUGCACUCAGCUAGGACAGCACAGACCCAGCCCCACCCUCCUGUCUGGUCUUGUCUUCCCAUGCCAGAGGCCCUGUCUUGGGGUUGGCUCCGCAAGGUCUUGCCUUUCUUGUAGUGGGUUGUUCUACUUAGCAGUUACUACUAGAGAAAAACACCCCAAGAUCUGUCACUCUGCAGAAGGCUGUUAAAGGAACAUUUCUGUAUUCAAGGGGUUACUUGGGCAGUGAGAUAGCAUGGACCUUUUGAAAAUCAAGUAGAUUAGAACAUUGCUGAGUCAGAGUGGGCUGGAGAACAUAUUUCUGACAUCUUUUGGGCUAAAAGCACCCAUUAUUACAGCACUUACUGGCAUAGGCAGUAAGAGGCAGAGUGAUUUGAAAGCAACCAAUCAGAGCCUUGGAACACCAUGACCCCUUCAUUCCUACCUAAAAGAACUGUUUUCGACACUGGAGAAAGCGGGAACAUGACUUGGAAACUACUGAGGUUAUGACUUCCAAAUGUAAAUGGCUUCAGGGGUCAGAAGGGGGUACACAAACACAUGGACCAAACUGGCAGCCAACAUUUGCUGGCCGUAUAGACUGUUGCAGACUAAUGUGAAGCAUUAAUGUAGGCCAGACACACCUGUGAGCUGUCCUCGCUGUGCCCAAGCAUGAAGAGAGGCUUGGCCUUCUUCACUGUCUGUCCAUUUAUUUGUGUUCUCGGAGUCAAUAACUACUUUGAACUUCAGAAAUAUAUAUAUUUUUUGACCUGUCUGCAGUAGGACACUGAAAACAGGGAAUUUUGUUUGGGGAAUGCCCAGCAGAACCAUUCACAAGGAUUUCUGGAGGAAACUCACUGAAAGGGAACUAAACAAAAUCUAGACAUUAUGGCUGCCAUUGUAAAACCAGUUUCCUCUACACAUUUCAUGAAAACCCAGUAAGAUAAGUGUUAGAAGUAACACGUGGACACAGAAGGCCUGGUAGUGGAUUCUGCUCUGCUGUUGCCACCAUCCUCGAAGAGAAACGAGUGGGCACUGCUUCACUGGGCACAGAUGGAUGCUCGCUGGGUGUGACCUUGGCAUCUGUCUGCACAAGCUGGCUGGCUGUGAAGGCUUCACUGCCCUGAGGGCUUCCAGGUCUCAAAGCUUGUUUGCAUUGACUUCUGUGUGUCGUCAACACACGGGAACUGGGUGGCUGAGCUUCGCAGCAGAAUGCGCUGCAGUCUUGUGGUGAAACCAUGUCCUUAGUGGUUGUUUGGAUCCCUGUCACUGCUGUCUGAGAACGUGAAAGAUUGUGUAUUUCUAUUAAAACAUUUAAAAUCAAAAUCCUAA